GGACAAUAGAGAACCAAGGACAUUGUGAAAUUCGUCCAGGGAGGUGAAAGCUUCCUGGUUUCACAUUACAAGUCAGUGGCAGUGCAGCCAAAAUCAGACCCACCUUGAAGACACGACUGAAGGACCUUGAGACUGUACAGGAUGAAUGGAGGAGUCCAGCGGCGCGUGGUGUCUAAAGAUGGCCGCAACAACAUCCGCAUUGACAACAUCGAUGGCAUGGUGAAACUCUACCUGCACGACAUCUGGACCACAGUGGUGGACAUGAAGUGGCGCUACAAACUCACUCUCUUUGUGUCCACUUUCCUCACGACCUGGUUUUUCUUUGGCGUGCUUUUCUACCUUAUCGCAAUGGCAAAUAAUGACCUUAACAUUGAACAGGCAUCAAACCACACACCAUGUGUCAUGAAUGUGGCUACCUUAACUGGCGCGUACCUAUUCUCACUCGAGUCCCAGACUACCAUCGGUUAUGGCUUCCGCCACAUCUCAGAGGAGUGCCCAUUCGCCAUCUUAACACUGGUGUUCCAGCUGGUGCUUACAGGUCUGGCUGAGAUCUUUGUAACCGGUGCCUUCCUGGCCAAACUGGCACGGCCCAAGAAGCGGGCUGAGACGGUCAAGUUUAGCCAGUUGGCACUGGUUUCCAAGCACAAGGGCCAGUUGUGUGUGAUGGUGCGUGUGGCUAACAUGCGCAAGAGUCUACUUGUUCAGUGUCAGCUAUCAGGCAAGCUAUUUUUUCCCGAUGUCACCGAAGAAGGUGAGAAGAUCCAGCUUCACCAGGAGUCUGUGGACUUCCAGUUCGACUCCAAUGAACAGUGCCCCUUCCUUGUUCUGCCUCUGAUCUUCUACCAUGUGCUGGAUGAGAGAAGUCCUCUCGCCAACCUCACCGCAGAAAACUUGAAGGUGAGAAACUUUGAACUGGUGGUCACCCUGAACGCCACAAUGGAGUCCACAGCUUCCACGUGCCAAAGCCGUACUUCCUAUGUUCCACAAGAAUUCCGCUGGGGUUACGAGUUUAAGCCUCUGUCCAUUGGCACACACAGGGGCAAAUAUGUCACAGACUUUAACUAUUUUGAUGAGAUUCAGCUCAGCAGUGACUCCUUACUUCUCCAAGAGCCAAGGAACGAGAAACUCCUGCUAGAGGAAGAGUACAGUAAAGACUGAACAGAAGGAGAGGGAACUGAUAAAAAGGACAUAGGGCUGAGUUUUCCAAUGGCAUCACAGCCCAAAGAUCAGUGGUAAGAUCAUGAUAGAGUGAGCAUCACAAUGAACACUCUUUAUCCUAGUUAAGACAAUCCAGACUUGUGAUACUUUCUGGAACUUCAUGUUGUCAUGUACCAAGAUUUGAGCACAUAGAUUAGUUUCACACUGUCUGUCUGUCUGUCUGUCUGUCUGUCCAGGAGCAACAUAUUAACGCAGAACAAUUGCGCUGUUCAGAAUGUUACCUACUCCUAUGAAAAUUCAAGUCAAGCAUUAAUAUAGACAUAUAUGGGAUCCAUUUUGUUGUCUCUCUCAUAAAUCUCACCACGCCCUCAACAUACUGAUCAUACAGAUCAAUGUGAAUUCUAAGUUCCCAGUUAAUUAUUCAUUCAUCACAUUACACAGACUUUAGAUGGUGAAUAGAGCGUGGCUGGAGACUACAAGAUACAUUUUCAGAUUAAGUUUCAAAACACACACAAUAGCAGUAAAGAGGGUUAUUAAACUAAAAUGAAUAGGCUUGGAAAAGAAUAAAAGCUUCCACUGAAUAUUCGCAGGUAACCAUUACAGGGCAGAACAUUUCUGUGUGUGUAUAUUUUUAUUAUAAUAUAUCUUCACAAAUUAUAGCAUUCUAAUUGAAUAUAAACAAAAUGGAGAUGCCUAAACAAUUAUUUAUUAGAAUUUAGACUACAUUGCUGUUAUUAUCAUAUAUUGGAUGCAAUUCUUUCCAGCUAUGUUUCGAACAGUCUCAUGUUUCUAAAUUUGUUGUCACAACAGUCUGUGAUUCUAUUUACACACACACACACACACACUAUUGGUGUCAGGUAUCAUAUGAUAUUUAUAAGCCUUAUUUAGGUUAUUUUAAUCAUUUAAAUGGUAUAUGAGUAAUGAAUCUUCAGUACUGUUAUAUAAUAUGUGGAACAUAUCAAUAAUGAUUUAAAAUAGAAUUAUCAUUAAGGCAUUCACCAUUAAAAUUUGAUCAGUUUAUGAUAAUUCUGCACUCAAAGCAAAUAAAAUGUAUUUACACGAAUGUAGAUCUGUCUUAUUUGUAAUUUUACUAUUCAUGCA